AGACGGCCCUUGCUCACUGCCUGCCUGCAGCCAGCUCUGUACAAGGAACAAUGGUCCUGAGGACAGAGGACACAGACCGCCUAGUGGCCAGGGCCCAGGUUGCCUGUGAAGCCAGGGCGAAAUGGAAGAGCCUAGCCCUCGGUGCCCUUGCAGUGGGAUGUGGACCACCACUUGCUGGUUCCAUGGGUUGGAAAACCGAAGUGGCUUCAAAAGGAAGCCCAGCCUUGGUGGUGCUUCUGGCUUUCUUGGUGGCACUGGGCCCCUGUUACCUGCAGGGGACAGAUCUUGGAGCAUCAGCAGAUGCCGAGGGCCCCCAGUGCCCUGUCACCUGUACCUGCAGCUAUGAUGACUACACAGAGGAGCUCAGUGUCUUUUGCAGUUCAAGGAACCUCACGAGGCUGCCCGAUGGCAUCCCAGUCAGCACCAGGGCCCUGUGGCUCGACGGCAACAACCUCUCCUCCAUCCCCUCAGCGGCCUUCCAGAAUCUGUCCAGCCUGGACUUUCUCAACCUGCAGGGCAGCUGGCUGAGGAGCCUGGAGCCACAGGCACUGCUGGGCCUGCAGAACCUCUACCAUCUGCACCUGGAACGGAACCUGCUCCGGAGCCUAGCGGCCGGCUUGUUCACACACACACCAAGUCUGGCUUCACUUAGCCUGGGUAAUAACCUCCUGGGCCGGCUGGAAGAAGGGCUGUUCCAGGGCCUCAGUCACCUUUGGGACCUCAACCUGGGUUGGAACAGCCUAGUGGUCCUGCCUGACACAGUGUUCCAGGGCCUGGGUAACCUCCAUGAGCUGGUGCUGGCUGGCAACAAACUGACUUACCUGCAGCCUGCGCUCUUCUGUGGCUUGGGCGAGCUGCGGGAGCUGGAUCUGAGCAGGAACGCACUCCGAAGUAUAAAAGCUAAUGUCUUUAUCCAACUGCCCAGGCUGCAGAAGCUCUACCUGGACCGCAACCUCAUUACAGCUGUCGCCCCCCGCGCCUUCCUGGGCAUGAAGGCACUGCGUUGGCUAGACCUGUCACACAACCGCGUGGCGGGCCUCCUGGAGGACACCUUCCCAGGCCUGCUAGGUCUGCAUGUCCUGCGUCUGGCACACAAUGCCAUCACUAGCUUGCGACCACGUACUUUCAAAGACCUACACUUCCUGGAGGAACUGCAGCUUAGCCACAAUCGGAUCCGGCAGCUAGGUGAGAAGACGUUUGAGGGCCUGGGGCAGCUGGAGGUCCUGACGCUCAGUGACAAUCAGAUCCAAGAGGUCAAGGUGGGAGCCUUCUUCGGCCUCUUCAACGUGGCUGUUAUGAAUCUCUCCGGCAACUGUCUGAGGAGCCUCCCGGAGCGGGUGUUCCAGGGUCUGGGCAAGCUACACAGCCUGCACCUGGAGCACAGCUGCCUGGGCCACAUCCGCCUGCACACGUUUGCUGGCCUCUCAGGGCUGCGCAGGCUCUUCCUCAGGGACAACAGCAUCUCCAGCAUCGAGGAACAGAGCCUGGCAGGGCUCUCGGAGCUCCUGGAGCUCGAUCUUACCGCCAACCAGCUCACGCAUCUGCCCCGCCAGCUUUUCCAGGGCCUUGGCCAGCUGGAGUAUCUGCUUCUCUCGUACAACCAACUGACAGUGUUACCUGAGGAUGUCCUGGGCCCUCUGCAGCGGGCCUUCUGGUUGGACGUCUCACACAACCACCUGGAGACACUGACUGAAGGCCUUUUCUCAUCUCUGGGGCGGCUUCGCUACCUCAGCCUCAGGAAUAACUCCUUGCAGACCUUUUCACCACAGCUUGGCUUGGAGCGUCUGUGGCUUGAUGCCAACCCUUGGGACUGCAGCUGUCCCCUCAAGGCACUGCGUGACUUUGCCCUACAGAACCCUGGUGUUGUCCCCCGCUUUGUUCAGACUGUCUGUGAGGGAGACGACUGCCAGCCAGUGUACACCUAUAACAACAUCACAUGUGCCAGCCCCGCCAACGUCUCAGGCCUCGACCUACGGGACAUUAGUGAAACACAUUUUGUGCACUGCUGACCCUGGCUACUUACCGGUCUGGCCGAACACUGCCUUAUGGCCAGGACAGUGUCUCAUUGUUACCAGAAUAAGCUGGCUCUCAAAUACCCAUCUCUAGGGGACAGGUCCUGGCUGCUUGCUUCCUGGAAGCAGUGCAGUACUGGAAGCUAUGUGGUCUAAAAAGGGUGGGCACAGGCCAAGUGCCAAAGGGCCCAAAGGAGGGGAGGCGCUCGGCAGCACUCCCUGCUGGCAACAAUUAAAAGCAAAUACGAAGCAUA